AACACAGUGCAUGUGUUGUAUAAUAAAAAUAAAUAAAAAAUAAAUAAAUCGAUAAAAUAAAAAUGGCUCUCAUAUUAUACUGCGAUGAUUUAACACAAGCUCCUCAAAACCUUAACACGGAUAUAUGCAGUAUUAGCACUUUCAAAUGGCAAUUAAGUAUCGUGGUAAGCGUGUUGUUGUUGGUGAUUGGCCUACACGUUUUAAGAAAGUGGAAGUACAGACUACAUCACACACUACUUUUGUAUCACAAUUUACGCGCUGCCACGGCGUUGCUGUUAUUUUCUUCAAACACAAUAGAGCUCGCACGUGCUUUGUUGCCGUUAUCAGCAGAGCUAUCACAACAAAAAAAUAUAGAUGAUAAUAAUAUAGCGGCAAAUAUGACUUAUUUAGUUGUUGGCAGCGAUUUAUUGUGGAAUGCUUUGGCUGCGCUGUGUCUCACCCUAAUACUAAUGUGGUAUCAUCGCGUGGUCGAGGUGAAGAAAUCGACAAAUUAUUUAUACUUCACUUGCAUCAUUGAGUUAUUUAUAUCCUUCGUGCGCAUUUAUGAGCUUGCUGAGAUCUCCUAUUUUCAAAAUAUUUACGAAAUGGAGGCUUGUCUUGAAACUUUAUCCGUUAUGUCACUGUUCGGCAUGGCGGCUAUUGACGGCUUUACCAUCUACAAAGAGCGUUAUCGUCCCGAUUAUUUAGAGGAUUAUGAAAAAAUCGGCUACAAACACACAUUAGCCACUUUUUAUUCGAAAGCUUGCUUUUGGUGGCUCACACCUUUGCUCUGGUUCGGCUACAAAGAGCCUUUGGAAGUUGAAGAUUUGGGUCAGAUGCGUCUGGAAGACAGCGCGCGUGCGCAUUACGAUCAAUUUUUAUUGAUUUACAAAACGGCAAAGGUGAAAAAUGGCGAUCGCCCGCCGUCGCUGUGGCUUUGCUAUUUGCGCAGCAGCUGGCGCAUGUUUACAUUGGGCGGUCUGUUAAAGCUCUGUGGUGAUUUAUGCGCCUUGAUUGGCCCACUUGCCAUACAGCAAAUUGUGCAAUAUAUCGAAAGCAUGUACAGCACGACUUACGCGAGCUGGUUGCACUCUAAUAACAACAACAACAGCGGCGCCAACAAUCCAAAUACCACUAUCAAUGACAGUCCAUACACACCGGGGCGGGCAUUGAGGUCGGGUGUGGGUAACCACAGCUAUGAUAGUAGUGAAAUUGUUAGAAAUAGAUCAAUUACGCCAGGGGGAAUUCAAAAUCUCUAUAGUGACCACAGAAACAACACUAGUAAUAGUAGUAGCAGCAGCAGAUUUGGCAAUUUCCAUGACAGCAGUCGAAUUAGACUGCAAGCGGCAGCAACAAAUUGGAUAUCAAAUGCCUUGGCGUCAGCGUUAACCACCACAAAUACAUAUAGCACGAAUGGCACUGGUGGUAAUGGUAAUGGCAACAACAAUUACAAUAUGCAUUACAUCAACGGCCCGUCAGCAGAGGCCGCAAUGAUAACUGAGCCCAGCCGUGCGCUGAGUGUUGGCCUCAGCAGCAUAAUCAACACCAGUACCAGCACAGAUGAUAACAAUCAAAUGUUGAAUGCCGGCAUCGAUUACAAUGACGCUGAAGUGCAAAUUUACUAUCCGAAUUGGCUAGAUUUAGUGUCGAACGGUUGGGCUAUCGCCUGGCUGGUGUUGUUGGCCGCUUUGGCGCAGGGCGCAUUCUCACAAGCUUCGACACAUGUACUCAACAUGACAGGCAUACGUAUAAAGACGUCGCUGCAGGGUUUAAUCUAUCGCAAAACAUUACUGCUCAAUUCAAGUGUUGGACAAUCAGCUGCCGGCAGCGGUGGUGUCGGUUAUAAUGAAGCAUGUGCGGCGGGUGGUGGUAUUGAUGUCACGAAAGGAAAAUAUUUGAAAACGCAUGCUAAUGGAGCUGUUAAUACUGCGGCUGCGGAGGAAGGUAGAGCAGGUGGUAAAGCUGAUGUUGCUGCGGACAAUGCGAAGAAUGGUGCGACAAAGGCAGCGGAUGCCAGCGGCUUAAGCGAUGUGGGCGCCAUCACCAAUCUGAUGUCGGAGGAUGCGCUGAAUGUGAUGUCAUUCUUCUGGAUAGCGCACUACGUCUGGGCCAUACCACUCAAGAUCGGUGUGGUUAUGUAUCUACUUUAUCUUAAAUUGGGCAUAAGCGCUAUCAUUGGCUCAUUUGUUUGUAUUCUGACGAUGACACCGCUGCAAUUUCUCAUUGGGCGUGCCAUGUCCUUCAAUACGGAUAAAGUUGCGGAAUGCGCCGACCAACGUCUUAGAAUAAUACACGAUGUAUUAAUGGGUAUCAAAGCCAUUAAAUUUAAUGUUUGGACCGAGUCAUUUGUGCAUCGCAUUGAUGAGAAGCGUAAAAUGGAACUGAAAUAUCUCGGCUGGGAUUCUUUCUACUUUACUUUGAUGACCAUACUCACACAUAUCUCAAGCGUUCUUAUUAGCUACGUCACGUUGGCUGCAUAUGUGGCGCUCGAAGGUGACGAGGCCGAAUUCACCGCCAGUCGUUUAUUCUCCGCUUUGGCGCUAUUUCAGCAACUGACAGUGCCACUACUUAUAUUCCCCAUAACCGUGCCCAUUAUUUUAUCUGCUGUUGUGUCCACAAAACGCCUCGAACGCUUUUUCAGCGCGCGCGAAAUACACAAACAAUUCGAGGGCAUACGUCACAUGGCUCGCAUACUGAGCAAAAGUGAUGCUUCGCUGGACUUCUACGAAGUACAAGGCAAAUCCAUAAAUGACCUAACGAUAAGUGAAAGCGGCAGCGGCGAUAGUGGCUUGGGUUUGGUUGGCGAUAAGCAUCGCGUUCAACGUGAGAAUAAAUUGAAUGAACGCCUGGCGCUGAAGCUGCAUAUACCGGAGAGUCCUGCACCGUUGGCGCACUCGGAACCACAAACACCGCUCACAACAAACGAUCCAUCAAUAGUCGAUAAACAUUUGCUAACGCCACGCCGCAACAGUGAGGAGCAUUUGCUUGGUAGCGCAGUGGGCCGUAAGUUGAGUCAACAGCGUCGCGAUUUAUUGCGCAAUAGUCCUUAUGUAGUAAUACGACCGCGCAAGUUUCCCGGUGGCGCGACAGCGCAGCCGCAUGCACAACUCACGCCAGCACAGCAGUUGGCGCAUAAACGCAUGGAUUCAUGGAGUCGCGACUCGUUGGUGCUCAAGUUGCCGGAAGAUAUGGCGGUGUCGGUGCGUGAUGCUUGCUUCGCUUGGAAUCCGCAAUAUCCGGAGUUGCGUCUAUUGACUCUACGCAAUGUGACAGUGCCGCGUAGCAAACUCACCAUAGUGGUAGGUAAAAAUGGCAGCGGCAAGACAUCGCUACUGUCAGCUUUGCUUAUGGAAAUGCCGCUGCUGCGUGGCGAUAUCAUCUGGAAUAAGACCUCGACAAUUGCUUUUGUACCGCAGCAACCCUGGCUACUCAACGCUAAUAUACGUGAGAAUAUUUUAUUUGGCGAAUCAUUUCGUCCGCGGCGUUAUGAUUUCGUACUGGAGGCGUGUGCAUUGAAACCGGAUAUUGAGUUGAUGCCGGAUGCGGAUUUUACGGUGAUUGGUGAGCGUGGCAUUAAUUUGUCGGGCGGUCAGCGACAGCGCAUAGCCAUUGCACGCGCACUUUACUCAUCGGCCAAUGUGGUGAUAAUGGAUGAUCCGUUCUCCUCGCUGGACAAUGAGGUGGCACGUCAUAUUUUCGAACAAAGCGUACAGCGUAUGUUGCUCAAGGCAAAGCGAACUGUAAUAUUGGUGACACAACAGUUGCAACUGACGCGGCAUGCGGAUUAUCUAAUUGUCAUGAAGAAUGGCCAAUUGCUGGCCACAGGCGGUUACAAGGAAAUCGAAUUGAAAUAUCCACAUAUUGUUGCCAAAUGGCAAACAAUUAUUGCAAAAGUGAAUGAGCAGACGGAUGACGAUGAUCGCAAUAUGGCCGCCGCUGGAAGGACAGCGUGUGAACGUUGGAAAUUAUACCAAAAUGUUACGAAAUUAGGCCUGCAGCGCACCAAGUCCACCAAAGUUAUGGCAGCGAAAACAAAAGUAAAAGCCAAAGCGAUAGCUAUAGGAAAACCGAAAACAAUUUGUAGCGACUCACGCGAAAUCGUUAUGAAUAUAGAAGAGGGUGUUGUUGGCGAUGUUCGUGCUAAUGGUGAUACAAUUGUUGAGUUGCUUGAUGGUGAAGUUAGUGAGCAAGCGAACGUUGUCAAUGAUGUCGGUGUUGUUGCUGGUGAUAGCAAUGGCAAAGAGCUUGAUGAAGUGGACGCUGUGGAGGAGGAAGAUGAGGAUGACGAGGGGAGUGAAGAGGAUGAUGAUGACGAUGAAGAGGACGAUUUAAUGACAGUGCAACCGCUUCCGUCGAUAAGUCGCUGUCGCAGCGGUAGUAGGUAUGUAAAUCAUAUUGGUGCUUUGCAUGACACGCCCACCGGCGCCAUUCCCGCCCGUAUACCGCUGACGCGUCAACGCUCCAGCCACUAUGGAUCACGCCAUCUUUUCUACGACGCGCCACUGCCCACCGACGAGUGUCAAAUGGAGGAUGUAAUCUUACGUCGGCGACGGCGCUCCCAGCGCGUACGACGAAACUCUGCACAAGAUCAACAGCGCCCCUAUUCGCUUAUUUCUACCGGCAGCAGUCGACUGAGCGCGGCGAGUACAUCGACCACAGCAUCAGCCGAGUUACGACGUAGUCUAUUCACGAACAGCGUUGGUAGCAGCGCACCCAGCUAUAUGAGUGGUGUUAGUGGCAACAGUUUGCUGUCGGUGGAUACUGGUUUCGUUGGCGGUGUUKACGAGAGUUCACAGCGCACACAUUCCUGGCAGCCGCAGAGCGCUGGCGGUGAUGAGGUUGUCAAUAAAGCUCAUCAAAAAGUGUCACGUAACAAAUCAUCGCCAGGCUGUUUGGUGCAUAGCACACAACAACAACAGCAGCAGCAGCAGCAGCAGCAGCAGAAAGUGAAUAAAGAGGAGGCGGCAUCAGUUGGUUUGGGAAGCGGUUUCCAGCAGUUUUUGCGUCGCAUGUCGAUGCGGCGCACGGCAGCGCACAUCAAGCCACGACCGCUUAGCAGCACAAAUUCCAUAAGAAGCAUUACCGAGGAGAGUACCACAAAUCAAUCCACACCUAUGUCCAGUUCGGUGCCUUCGAUUGAGUUAAGUACCGUUGCCACGCCAGAGGCGGAUGAAGAUCAGAAGGAUGCGACAAUGUGCGAGGAUGAUAGCUGGAUUGUUCAUAUCGAAAAUGAGGAAGUGGCGGAUGCCACCAUUGACUACAAAACUUUGACCAACAUGACAAAUACACCGUUACACAACAAUGAUAACAAGCCGCCACAACGAAGAAACCCUAUAAAACGCAGCCGAAGUGGUAUUAAGAGAUCAGCAGGUCGUGGCGCUGUUACUACUGUCACGGCCAACACAUCGUCUGGCUACGAUGCCGAAAGAAAAUAUGGAAAAAUACCAGCACACAUCUAUUUGUUGUACCUACGUGCAUCCGGUUGGCGAAUGGUGACGAUAUUCUUUUUGACGGCGCUGAUUUGGCAAGGCAUGCGUGUGUACACAGAUGUCUGGCUACAGCACUGGACCGACGGUAGCACAGGUAAUGGCAACAUAAACGUUAACAGCAGAGACAGCGGCGACAUUGCUCGGAAACGAGUUGACAGCAUGACGACGACUGUGUCGACGCCUCAGGCCUUUAAUCGAUUCGAUAUAACUGGCAUAAACGCAACGGCAGCAACAGCAAUACGAGCAGCGGCAGCAUUACUGCAGGCGGCUGUCAACAAAACUGCUUACAACAACAGUAAGGUGUACAACAAUGAUAGCAGCGUCAAUGGUCAUGCCGAGGAUGUCACGUAUUAUUUUCACAUUUAUUCGGCGAUUUCGUGCGUUUGCAUUGUAAUGGCGGUGAUAUCGACACCAGUUGGCCAAUUGGCCGGUUGCAACGCGCGCAGCAAUCUACACGACCAAUUGCUGUUGGCGAUUAUGCGCAAACCGUUGCACUUUUUCCAAGUGACCCCACUUGGACGACUGAUGAAUCGCUUUGGCAACGAUAUGGCCAUCAUCGAUAAGAAAAUUGCCGCCACCAGUCAACGUCUCUUACAAUUCUCUCUUCUUUGCUUAUGCGCUGUGCUCAUAAAUGUCAGCAUUACUCCCUGGUUUAUAUUACUCACAGCGCCGAUUUGUUUUGCCUACUAUGGCAUACAAAAAUUCUACCGUUGCUCGGCAAGAGAACUACAGCGCAUUGAAAAUUCGACAAGCUCGCCGGUGAUCUCGCAUCUGUCGGAAACCAUACAAGGUGUUACGACGAUAAGAGCAUACAAUCAGGAGGCACGAUUUACCGAAAUACUCUUUAAGCGCUUGGAGGCGAAUACGAUUGCAUUUACGAUAUUGAAUACAAGUAAUCGUUGGUUGGGCAUAUCACUGGACUUUCUAGGUGGCUUCAUCGUCUUUAUCGCCGUUAUAACCGCUUUGAUAGCUGCUACCAUUAGUUGUAAUCGUUACAAAUCAAAACUCGGCAACGGCACCCACAAUAUAAAUGAAUUGCUAACGCCAUCGCCAUCACUCGUCGGUUUGGCCAUCAAUUACACACUGCUAAUGCCGAUCUACUUGAAUUGGGUAGUGAAAUUAUUGGCUGAUAUGGAAAUGUAUGUGGGUUCAGUGGAACGUAUAGCUUACUAUGCGGAAAUUGAUCAAAAUGUCGAAACACCGUUAGAUAUAACAUGUGACGAUGACACAGCCACAAAUGUGAAAAAAGCCAAAACAAAAGCGACAGGGAAAUCAGUUAAUCACACUUCUGUCAAUUUUGAAGUGGCGCGUGUGGAGUAUUGUAAACCUAGAAGCUUGUCGGUGCCGUUGGUUAUGAGUAAUUAUGAAUCCGUACCCAUUUCAUGGCCACGGCAGGGUGACAUCAGCUUUGAGAGUGUCAGCUUGCGUUAUGAAGGUCAGAGAGACGAAGUGAUUAAGAAUUUGUCAUUAAAAAUUCCUUAUGGCCAAAGGAUUGGCAUUUGCGGACGCACCGGCAGUGGCAAAUCUUCAUUAGCCAUGUCCUUGUUGGGUGUGUUACAAACGACAGCGGGACGCAUUUGCAUCGACGAUGUGGACAUAACGAAAAUUCAUCCAGACGAAGUGCGCAUGCGUGUUUCGAUGAUACCACAGGAUGUGCAUGUCUUCAAUCUGAGCAUACGCGAGAAUCUUAAUCCAACAGCUUACUAUGCCAUCUCCGAGCUGUGGGAUGCGCUAGAUAAGGUGGGAUUGACGAGUUUUGUCAAUCAGUUGCCAGACAAUAUUGAUACCAUUGUUGGUGAUGGUGGCAUACAGUUGAGCGCCGGUCAACGCCAGUUGCUCUGCUUGGCGCGUAUUCUCUUGCGCGGCUCGGUUUGUUUGAUACUUGACGAAGCGACCAGCUCUUUGGAUAGCGGCGCUGAGCAGGCGCUCCUCACAGCGGCACAUAACUCCUUCCGCGGUCGAACGAUUAUAACCAUUGCGCACCGUCUCUCCACAAUACUUGAUUAUGAUCGCAUUAUUGUUUUGGAGCAGGGUCGCAUUAUUGAAGACGGCACGCCUGCUGAGCUGCAGCAGCGUAAAGAUGGCACCUUCUAUGGUUUAUUACAUUUAGGGCGUACCGUGGCUGGUACUAAUUUUCCUCAGCUGUAAAUGCGAGUUUAAAAUUUUAACUUUGAAAACUUUACUUUCUAAUGGUAUUGUAUUUAUAGUGAAAUGCUUGUGUUAAUGGCCUUAUAUAUUUAAGUAUUUUUCUAAAUUUCGUGCAUUUUAUGAAAUUUUUCGUAAUUUUAAAGCAACCCACAAGUGUCAACUAAGUUUCGCCCCUUUAAAUAAGAGUAUUAUUGUUGUAACUAUAUUAAUUUAACUUGCAGUAAUGCGUACUAAAUGUAAGUUCUCUACUUAAACUGAGAUUGAAAUGAGUUAUUGUUUGGCCAUAUUGUUUUCUAGUCUUUAUUUAUAAAUUAAAAAUUGUACAAUUUAUACGACAAACAUAUUUAGUAGGCGCGCCCUUGGAUUGUACUUAUAUUUAAAUUCGUUUACUUACAUAUAUACACAUAUAUUUAUGUACCAAGUACUAUACAAUCGCUUUGUAUUGGAGUAUGGGCACGUACUUACUAGACUAAUGUCUGAAACCAUGCAUUUGUAUAAAUAAAUAAAAUAAUACAAAUAAAA